GUAGACAAUUAAAAAAUGACACGAGAGCAACAUUAGCAUACGCGCUGGAGCGUGUGUGCAUGUGGAUAUGAACUGUGAUGUAGACGGAUUAACAGUUGUCGCACCGUGCCACGAGCGGAUGCACACGCAAUUGUAAAUCCAAUCAAAUCACGUAUAAAAUGUGGCUCAUGUUCAAUCGAAAAAGGCUUGCUGCGCUGCGGCAAUGAAAGGCACGUACGGCAGGUGGCGCUCGUCGGUCACGCGCGCGUCACGGUGUGGCACAGAAGAGAAGAAGAAUUCGGAAGAGGAGCACGUCAAGACAUUGCUGGUCUUUGUGUUAUUUGAUCAUUUCGCGUCUCAAACCUGAUUUAUUAAUUUGUUCCGGUCUGCCGUCGUCAUGGAGGUUCCGGGACCCGACAGCGACUGGAGGAGUCCUCAGUUCAGGCAGAAAGUCGUCGCUCAGAUCGAGGAGGCCAAGAGGAAAGCGGGAAGCGGACACAGUAAGUCUAGCACGGAGAUGGAGAAUCAAGUUUACAUCAAAGCCAAGACCAGAGAGGAGUAUCUGUCCCUGGUGGCCAGGCUCAUCAUCCACUACCGCGACAUCCACAAGAAGACCAUGGGAGGUCCGGAUCCCAUCAAUGCCCUGACUAACCUGACUGGCGUCGGAGGGGGCCCGGGCGCCAUCGGCAUGGGGCCCCGCCCCACCGGCGCCCCCGUCGGGGGCCUGGGGGCCAUGGCGCCCAUGCAGAUUGGCCAGCAUGCCAUGCCGGGGGUUUCUGGAAACCCGCAACCCCUGGGUGGUCCCGCCCAGUUGGCCCUGCAGCAGCAGCAGCAGCAGAACUUGCAGUUCCAGCAGUUCCAGCAGCAGCAGUUCCAGGUUCAGCAGCAGAUGAGAGCCCAGCAGCAGCAGAUGCACCAGAACCAACAGCAGCAAAACCAGCAGCAGCAGAACCAGAUGCAUCAGUCCAGGAUGCAGCAGCAGCAGCAGCAGAUGGUGCAGUUGCAGCUGCAGCAGCAGCACGCGCAGUCUAUUCAGCACAUGGUCCAGCAGCAGGGGCAACCGGGCCCCAUGCAGCCGCUCCUGCAGCAGCAGCAGCAGGCCCCCAUGGUGCCGCAGUCUCUAGCCGGACAGAUGGCGACCGCCCAGCACGUCCCCAUCAACUCGCUGAGUCAGCAGCAGCACCAGCUCAAGAUGCAGCAGGCCUUCCAGGCCCGGGCAGCGUUGCAGCAGCAGCAUCAGAUGGCGGCCGCAUCAGGACAAUUGGUACGUCCCAACAUGCAGAUUCCCGCCCGGCUGCCCCGCCCUCCGCUGGCCCCGGCCAUCCCGCCCCCCAACGCCGCCGCCGUGACGCAACAGGUACAGCAGCAUGCCAUGAUGUCGUCACCUUCGCCAGUGCAGGUCCAGACCCCACAGUCCAUGCCUCCGCCCCCGCAGCCGUCUCCUCAGCCUCCCACCUCACAGCCCAACUCGGCCAGCUCGGGUCCCACGCCGUCUCCUGGGGGGUUCCAGCCCAGCCCGUCCCCUCAGCCCUCACAGAGUCCAUCUACCGCCAGGACACCCCAGAACUAUGGGGUCCCCUCGCCCGGCCCACUUAGCACUCCAGGAAACCCAAACUCUGUGAUGAGUCCCGCGGGGGCGGCGUCCCAGGAGGAUCAGCAGUACAUGGAAAAACUCAAACAGCUUUCCAAAUACAUCGAGCCUCUGCGCCGCAUGAUCAACAAGAUUGACAAGAACGAAGAGCGAAAGAAGGACCUCAGCAAGAUGAAGAGUCUCCUCAACAUCCUCACGGACCCCAACACAAGGUGUCCUCUGAAAACGCUCCAAAAGUGUGAGAUCGCGUUGGAGAAGCUGAAGAAUGACAUGGCCGUGCCGACGCCCCCGCCGCCGCUGCCACCCAAGCAGCCCUAUUUGUGCCAGCCGCUACUCGACGCCGUCAUGGCCAACUUGCGCUCUCCCGUAUUUAACCACUCGCUACACCGCACCUUUGCCCCCGCCAUGGCCGCCAUUCACGGACCGCCCAUCACUGGUCCGCUGGUUCUGUCACGGAAGAGGAAGCAAGACGAGGACGAGCGUCAGACGGUCCCCAACAUCCUGCAGGGGGAGGUGGCCCGGCUUGAUGUCAAGUUCCUGGUGCACCUGGACCCGGCCCACUGCAGCAACAAUGGGGCCGUGCACUUGCUCUGCAAGCUGGAGGACAAAAACCUUCCGAGCGUUCCGCCGCUGCAGCUCAGCGUUCCCGCAGACUAUCCGGACCAGAGCCCCUAUUGGUCCGACCACGCCGACCAGUACGGCGCCAACCAUUUCCUGCAGGCGGUGCAUAGGACCCUGGCGUCCAAGCUGCUGCAGCUUCCCGACAAGCAUUCGCUGACAGAGAUUCUGCACACGUGGGCACAGAGCGUCCGCCAGGCCUGUUUGUCCGCCGCGUGAUCUCACUGCCGCAACCCGCAUCUUAAAUGGCAACCUCUCCUUAUUUUUUUU